UCUGCUGGCAUGGGCUCUAAGUGCCGGGCACUGACCACAGCGGGCAGUGAAGGGUCAGGCAAGCCUUGGAGAAGGUGAGGUCUGGAGGUCGAAGCCCGGGUCAGGAGGAGACAAGGGUUAAACGGCCGGAGGUGGGCAGCACCUGAGAGUGAAGCCGGAGAUGCCCGGCAAACAGUCGGUUGAGGAACAGGUGGUGGUGGGGACUGCGGAGAACGGAGCUGAGGAGGACCUGGGGGGCCUCACGAUGGAGGAGCUCCGGCAGGGCCAGGAGGCGGCCCUGGGGCUGGAGGACAUGAUGACGCUGAGCACCCAGACCCUGGUCCGAGCUGAGGUGGACGAGCUCUACCAGCAAGUGCGACCCCUGGGCCAGGGCCGCUUCGGCCGGGUCCUGCUGGUCACCCACCGUCAGAAAGGCACGCGCAUGGCGCUGAAGCAGCUCCCAAAGGCCUCUACUUCCCUCCGGGGCUUCCUGUAUGAGUUCUGCGUGGGGCUCUCGCUGGGCAGGCAUCCGGCCAUCGUAGCAGCCUAUGGCAUUGGCAUCGAGUCAGCCAACUCCUACAGCUUCCUGACGGAGCCCGUCCUGCACGGGGACCUCAUCGCCUUCAUCCAGCCCAAGGUGGGCCUCCCCCAGCCAGCAGCCCAGCGCUGCGCAGCCCAGCUGGCCUCAGCCCUGGAGCACAUCCACUCCCACGGCCUCGUGUAUCGGGACCUCAAGCCGGAGAACGUGCUGGUGUGCGACCCGGCCUGCCGGCGGGUCAAGCUGACCGACUUCGGCCACACGCGGCCCCGCGGGACCCUGCUCCGCCUGGCUGGGCCGCCCAUCCCCUACACAGCCCCUGAGCUCUGCAGCCCCCCACCGCUCCCCGAGGGCCUGCCCAUCCAGCCCGCCCUGGACGCGUGGGCUCUGGGCGUCCUGCUCUUCUGCCUUCUCACCGGCUACUUCCCCUGGGACCAGCCCCUGGCCGAGGCCGACCCCUUCUACGAGGACUUUGUCAUCUGGCAGGCCUCGGGCCAGCCCCAGGACCGGCCCCAGCCCUGGUUCGGCCUGACGCCCGUGGCAGAUGCUCUGCUGUGGGGGCUGCUGGACCCUCAGCCCCGGAAGAGGAGCCCCGUGAGCUCCGUGCGGGGCUACCUGGGGCGCCCCUGGAGGCAGCGGGAGGGGGAAGCGGAAGAGGUGGACAUGGGGGACGAGGAGGACAGAGAGUGAGAAGGGCCUGGGCCG